AUGUCUUAUGGAAUUGCUGUCUCGAAGAGUGAGGAGGAGGUCAUCGUCCGCACCCCUGGUGGCAUUGGUGGGGUGAAGGACUACUUGGAAGACCUGAUGGACCUGGACUAUGCCUUUUUGGAAUGUGUUGGUCAUCCCAAGCGAUAUGUAUUGCGAACUCUGGUAUUCCAUGAUGAGAAUAAACUUGUCUUCGUGGAUGGCGCUUUUCUCAUCCCGUUGAUCGAAUCGGGUGCUAUCAAAAGCCGUCAGCAAAUGAGCGAUGCAUUCAUGCGCCACGCCUCGAAAUUGGCCGAAUCAGGCGGUCCUGCUCAGAAGGAGAACUUCGAGAUCGGUCAGGAGGCCCUCGCAUAUGCAUACUACGCUUUGACUCAGAAUGCGAUCGAUUGGAAGGAUCAGAAGAUUUCUGACGACCGGUUUCAUUAUGUGCUGCAGUGGCUUCAUAUUGCGGAUGAGUUCCUCGACUCGUUGGCAUGGCGUCACUCCGAGGAUGUUCCUGGGAUUGAGGCGGAGCUGCGUACUCGUCAUGCAAAUUUCCUGGAGAUGAUGAAGGAGGACUACGGUGUUAUGUCGGGCGAAUUCCCUACCAAGAAGGUGAUGACGCUUGUCCACAGUGGGGAGCAGUAUAAAGAAGCCCUCUCCCAGUGGGCCUCGAUUGAGAUGAUUGCUAUUUGGGGUGUAUUCGUCGGCUACAAUGCAAUUGUCGAGGACAACCAGACAGCUUAA